GGCCCCGCCCACCGACCUCACUUCCGCCCCGCGGCAAGAUGGCGGCUCCGGAGCCCUGCCACGCAGACUUCCGCUCGGCCCUGCGCUCAAGGGUUGGCUGCGGACCCCGUCGGAGGUGAAAUUGGGGCGGGUGAGGCGUAGAGUCGCAGUCCAGGCAACAUGUCGGAAGGAAAUGCAGCGGGCGAGCCCAACACACCCGGAGUCCCCCGACCCCUCCUCACCGGAGCCCGGGGACUUAUCGGGCGGCGGCCGGCGCCCCCCCUCACCCCGGGCCGCCUUCCUUCCAUCCGCUCCAGGGAUCUCACCCUCGGAGGCGUCAAGAAGAAAACCUUCACUCCAAAUAUCAUCAGUCGGAAGAUCAAGGAAGAACCCAAGGAAGAUGUAACCAUCAAGAAGGAAAAGCGGGAGAGAGAUAGAGAUCGGCAGAGAGAUGGCCAUGGUCGGGGUAGAGGUCGCCCAGAGCUGAUCCAAUCCCAUUCCAUCUUUGAGCAAGGCCCUGCGGAAAUGAUGAGGAAAACAGGGAACUGGGAUAAGACAGUGGAUAUGUUGGACGUGGGACCCUCUCAUAUCAUCAACAUCAAAAAAGAAAAGAGGGAGACAGAUGAAGAGACCAAACAGAUCCUGCGCAUGCUAGAGAAGGAUGACUUCAUCGAUGAUCCUGGACUGAGAAACGACACUCGGAACAUGCCUGUGCAGCUGCCACUGGCUCACUCAGGGUGGCUUUUCAAGGAAGAAAGCGAGGAGGCAGAUGAGAAGCCUUCGCUGAGCAACCCCAAGGAAGAGGACAUGGAUGUGGACAUUCCUCCUGUGAAAGUGAAAGAGGAGCCACGUGAUGAUGAUGAGGAGACUAAAGUGAAGGCUCCUCCCAGAGUAGCCAAGAAGACCCCUGGCCUCCCUAAGGAUGUGUCUGUGUCUGAGUUGCUCAGAGAGCUGAGCCUCACCCAGGAAGAGGAGUUGUUGUUCCUCCAGCUGCCUGACACACUUCCUGGCCAGCCACCUACUCAGGACAUCAAGCCUGUCAAGACAGAGGUGCAGAAUGAGGAUGGACAGAUGGUGGUGAUAAAACAAGAAAAAGAUCGGGAAGCCAGGCUAGCAGAGAAUGUUUGUGCCCUGGCUGACUUGACAGAGGGUCAGGUUGGCAAGCUGCUCAUCCGAAAGUCAGGAAAGGUGCAGCUCCUCCUGGGCAAGGUGACUCUGGAUGUGACAAUGGGAACCACCUGCUCUUUCCUGCAGGAGCUGGUAUCCGUGGGUCUUGGAGAAAAUAGGACCGGCGAGAUGACAGUGUUGGGACACGUGAAGCACAAACUUGUAUGUUCCCCAGAUUUCGAGUCCCUAUUGGAUCACAAACACCGAUAAAAUGAGCAGAUGGAGGAUGGUGGCGACUGUGCCCACGACGGCUGCCUGCUCCAGACGAUUUGUUCUCCAUUCUCCACGACCCAGAAGGGGCCUGUUUAGCCCGCCCACUCCAGCAUUCAGCAGCCAUUGUCCCAGCUUCCCCCACAGGCCACACAGCCCCCUCACUACAGCUGUGAGUGGCACGGUGACCUUCCCACAGCAUGGGUGAUGUUGGGGAACAUGUCCCGGCUAUUUAUUUUUAUAUUUAUGUCUUCAGCUGACUCCCUCCAAGAGAGGGGAGGGUCUUGGAAAAGCACAGGCUCUUCCUCCUGCUGACCACCCUGGUCCCAGGGUAGGAAAUGCUGCUGCUGCUUUCGCUCCCUCCUCCCGCCCAAGAGGCAGCACUGGGGAGAAAGCAAAGAUUUUUUGAGUCUUAAACACAGUCCUCAGUCCCAGUUUUGUCAGUUACCACUUAUGUGACCCUGGACAAACUACCUACUUAACCUUUUUGAGCCUCAUACUCCUCAUCUAACAAAAAAUGAGGAUAAUUCCUACCUCACAGGGUUGGUAUGAGGAUUAAAGAAAUGUUACAGAUGAGAACUCCUUGCACAAGACCAGACAUACACUAUAGGUACUCAAUAAAUGUCAGCUUCCUUCCCUU